AACUACCCCUCUCUAAGCAUUUGGGUCCCUUUUGUUGCGCACAUUUUGGAGAGCAAGAGAGAAGAGAGAGAUAGAGAGAGAGAGUCGUUGGUUGUUUUUGUUAACGACACGGUUACAGAGAAGAAGAAGAAGAAGAAGAACAUCAUCGUCACCUUUUUCACCGUCUUCUUCUCUUUCUUUCUCUCUCUCGAAGAAAACGUUUUCUCUCUUUAAACUCGAUUACCAGAACAACAUUAAUAAUUCUGGGGGUUCGUUAAAAAUUCUUUCUUUCUCUUUUUUUUAUUUUUAUUUUUUUUAUGGAUAGCUUUAGAAAGGCCUAUGGAGCUCUCAAAGACUCCACCAUGGUUGGCCUUGCCAAGGUCAAUAGCGAGUAUAAGGAUUUGGAUAUUUCCAUUUUAAAGGCCACCAAUCACGUUGAAAGCCCUCCCAAAGAACGUCAUGUUCGAAGAAUUUUCUCUGCAACAUCGGUGGUACGUCCUCGGGCAGAUGUGGCAUACUGCAUUCACGCACUGGCCAAGAGAUUGUCCAAGACGAAGAGUUGGAUUGUUGCCAUAAAGACAUUGAUAGUCAUCCACAGGACAUUAAGAGAGGGUGAUCCUACGUUUAGAGAGGAGCUUUUAGCCUACUCAGUGCGGGGGUAUAUUCUCCAAAUAUCCAACUUUAAAGAUGACUCAAGCCCCCUUGCUUGGGACUGUUCUGCUUGGGUAAGGACCUACGCGCUCUUUCUGGAAGAAAGGCUUGAGUGUUUUAGAGUCUUGCAAUAUGACAUUGAGACAGAGCGUUUGACAAAAACUUCACCAGGAGCAUCCAAGGUACAUAGUAGAACAAGGAUGUUGGGUUGUGAUGAACUGUUGGAACAGCUACCUGCAUUGCAGCAGCUUCUUUACCGCCUUAUUGGGUGCCAGCCUGAAGGAGCAGCCUAUUGCACUUACCUAAUACAAUAUGCAUUGGCCCUGGUAUUAAAAGAGAGCUUUAAAAUAUAUUGUGCCAUCAAUGACGGAAUUAUAAAUCUUGUAGACAUGUUCUUUGAUAUGUCAAGACAUGAUGCCGUCAAAGCUCUCAACAUUUACAAAAGAGCUGGUCAGCAGGCUGAAUAUCUUGCCGAGUUUUAUGAAUACUGCAAGGGAUUGGACCUUGCUAGAAAUUUCCAGUUUCCUACAUUGAGACAGCCACCUCCAUCAUUUCUUGCAACAAUGGAAGAAUAUAUUAAAGAAGCACCUCGUACUGGUUCUGUUAACAAGAGAUUGGAGUACCAGGAGUCUGAUCAACAGCCUCAGAAAACUGAAGAACCCCAAGAAAAUGAAAAAGAAGUAGAACAAGUUGUUGAGGAAAAACCACCGGCAGAUACAGUGGAAGAACCAGAACCUAAGGAGGAGGAGGACGAGAAGGAAGAGAAGGUUGAACUUCCACCGUUGAUAUCAACUGAUGAAACUGAUCUGCUGGGUCUGAAUGAAGUAAAUCCAAAAGCUGCAGAAAUUGAGGAAAGCAAUGCUAUGGCUCUUGCUAUAGUUCCACCUGGUGGAAACAAUUCACAAUCUAGUAAUUUGAUGGACCUUAGUGGAUCUUCAGGCUGGGAGUUGGCAUUGGUUACCACACCAAGCAACAACACCGCUCAUGUGGGAGAAAGCAAAUUGGGUGGUGGAUUCAACAGGUUAUUACUUGAUAGCUUGUACGAGGAUGACGGUGCUAGAAGACGCUUACAAAUGCAGAAUGCAGGAUAUGGUAAUGGAUAUGAUGGAAUGAGCAUGCAAAAUCCAUUUGAUCAUCAGCGUCAACUAGACCCAUUCUCAAUGUCCAACAACAUAGCUCCCCCAACCAAUGUUCAAAUGGCAAUGAUGCAACAACAACAGGCUCAACAGUACCAACAGAACAUGAUGAUGAUGGUACCUCACCAAUACCCCCAAUAUCCACAGCAGCCUCAAUUUCCUCAACAACCUCAGUUUCCUCAACAACAGUUUCAAACUUCAGGAAAUCCAUUUGGAGAUCCUUUUACUUUUCCACAGAGUACAGCGCCACAACAGGGAAAUCAUUAUCUGAUGUAGAAGUUGUUUUGAAAUUUUACUCAGCUUAUUCAUUUAUUCUUUGGUGUAGAAGAGGGGCAUUCAAUUUGUUUAGAAGUUUGAUAAGCUAAUUCUUUUCGUCGACAAGUUGAUUUGUUUUUUCCUUGUAUAUUUGUUUCGGAGAACCAUAACUAAUAAAUGGAUGUAUCAUUUUGAUAAUAUUAAAUAAUAAUAAUAAUAAUGAAAAAUUGUCCAAUA